AUGUCUCAGCUCAAUAUUAUUGCUAUGAAGAAGAACUCGAUGAGGAAGAAUAAGAAAUUGGUUAUAAACAUUGCUCUAAAAAAGGAAACUCUUGCUUCAAGACUGGAAGCUGAUCAGCAGGAUCUUGGUUCUUCAAGAGAGGAUGAGAAAAAGAGUCUUGAACCAUCAGAGAAGCGAAGAGAUGUGUUACAAAGGGAUUGUUCCAAAGCUGAAGAGAUCGAUGGUUCCAUUGAUGAAGAUGAGGCAAUUGAUGAUGAUCAUAUUUCUAGUGCUGGAGAUGGAGUGAUGCGUGAGGUUGAUGUCGGUACAGGGUUAUCGGGAGCAUUAAACCUUCUCAGGGAUCAAGGAGCUUUCAAGGAGAAGAAGAGCAAGCUUGUAGUUGUUAGGGACAAUCAUGGAGAUGACAGAUUUAGAGAUGCGUUCAAGGAGAUUAGGAUUGAGAGGAUGGAUGAGUGUGGCAGGGUAUUGACUAUGAAAGAAGCGUUUCGGUCACUGUCUCAUGGAUUCCACGGGAAGAAACCUGGCAAUAGAAAGCAAGAGAAACGGGAGAGGAAGCACGAAGAUAAGACAAAACAGAUGGAAUCAUCAGAUAGAGCUGUGGAAAGAAUCAGACAAGUUCAUGCUGCGUUGAAGAGUCCUUACAUUGUUAUCUAA